GACGACUCUGCUAAAGAAAUUGAUGGAAGCACGGGUGAACCUGGUCGUGCUGAUAAAGCAACUUCAAUGAACGGACGGAAACGUGGGCGUGUGGGUUCUUUGAGAACUUGUACUACUGAGCAGGAUGGUAACGAGAGUGAUGGAAAAUCAGAUAGUGUCACCGGAGGAGCACAUCAGCGGAAGAGGCGGCAAAAGGUUGUAUCAGAACAGCAAGGAGAAGUGGUGGGACAAAGAUAUAAUCUCAGGCGACCUAGAAGGGUAACUGGAGAAACCACACUUAGUAAGAAGAACGAAGAGACUAGUGGAGUGCAACAAGACGAGGUGGUUUACUUUGCUCAAACCACCGCCACAGCAUCAUUAGACGUUGCUGUUAGUGACAAUGGAGUAAGCACAAAUGUGGUGCAGCAUGAAGCCACAGCAGACUCUCAGGAUACAGAUGCUGGUUCGCCCAAAAGAACAUGUGAGAGUGAGGCGAUGAGCGAAGAAGAUGUGAACAAAACACCCCAAAGGGUUGACUCGGAUGGUGAAGAUGAUGAAUCAGAUGCAGAACAUCCCGGGAAAGUCUCCAUUGGUAAGAAGCUUUGGACUUUCCUGACGACGUAGCCCAAUCUGGAUGUAGUUCCGCCUAUGAUGAUGAAGAGCUAAUCUUCUUCUGUUGACAAUAUUAGUGUUUUGCUUUGUUAUCUUUAGCUACGUGUUAAUUCUGUUUGGAUAUUUUCCACCAAAAUGUAGUGUUUUCUUUCUAGCUUCAAGAAUUCUCAAUUCUUUUGGUAUGUUUUAGAUGAUGAUUUAAUUAUUUUUAUGAGAGUGGUUCUACUUGUAACAACAAAGUGUUUAUCUGAUCCUUUGAUUAUGUGUUUU